AGCCCGGCCUUCCUCUACUGCCCGCCCUGGCCUAGCCCCGCCCCGGCCCGGGCCACCGGGACAGGGAGCCCGGGCGCGGGUGCCGCAGCCAGAGGCAGGUGAGGAGAACCGGGAGUGUCCGCCUCCCGCGCCGCAGCGCUAAGCAUCCGGGUCGAGCAUCCCGGCUGAGCAUCUCUGCUGAGCAUCCUUGCGUCGCACCAGGCGGAGGAGCGUCAAGGUGACCAGGCGAGUGGGGGACAAGAGGGGCUGGUUGCUUGAUGGCGGAGAAGGCACUGGAAACUGUGAGCUGUGGCCUGGGGCCUGGGGCUGUGGCCAUGGCCGUGGCACUGGAGGACGGGGCAGAGCCCCCUGUGCUGACCACGCACCUAAAGAAGGUGGAGAACCACAUCACAGAAGCACAGCGCUUCUCUCACCUGCCAAAGCGCUCUGCUGUGGACAUCGAGUUUGUGGAACUGUCCUAUUCGGUGCGAGAGGGGCCCUGCUGGCGCAAACGGGGUUACAAGACCCUCCUCAAGUGCCUGUCUGGUAAGUUCUGCCGCCGAGAGCUUAUUGGCAUCAUGGGCCCCUCUGGGGCUGGCAAGUCAACAUUCAUGAACAUCUUGGCAGGGUACAGGGAGUCCGGGAUGAAAGGGCAGAUCCUGGUCAACGGGAGGCCGAGAGAUCUGAGGACCUUCCGCAAGAUGUCCUGCUACAUCAUGCAGGAUGACAUGCUUCUGCCACACCUCACAGUGCUGGAAGCCAUGAUGGUCUCGGCCAACCUGAAGCUGAGUGAGAAGCAGGAGGUGAAGAAGGAGCUGGUGACAGAGAUCCUGACAGCCCUGGGACUGAUGUCCUGCUCUCACACGAGGACAGCCCUGCUCUCUGGAGGGCAAAGGAAGCGCCUGGCCAUUGCCUUGGAACUGGUCAACAACCCGCCUGUCAUGUUCUUUGACGAGCCCACCAGCGGUCUAGACAGCGCUUCUUGUUUCCAAGUGGUGUCCCUCAUGAAGUCCCUGGCCCACGGGGGCCGCACGGUCAUCUGCACCAUCCACCAGCCCAGUGCCAAGCUCUUUGAGAUGUUUGACAAGCUCUACAUCCUGAGCCAGGGACAGUGCAUCUUCAAGGGUGUGGUCACCAACCUGAUUCCCUAUUUGAAGGGGCUUGGCUUGCACUGCCCCACCUACCACAACCCUGCCGACUUCAUCAUUGAGGUGGCCUCUGGCGAGUAUGGAGACCUGAACCCCAUGCUGUUCAGGGCUGUGCAGAACGGCCUUUGCACCAUGGCUGAGAAAAAAAGCAGUCCUGAGAAGCCUGAGAAGAAUGAGGUCCCUGCCCACUGCCCCACGUGCCCUCCGGAAAUGGAUCCUAUUGAAAGCCACACGUUUGCCACCAGUACCCUCACCCAGUUCUGUAUCCUCUUCAGGAGGACUUUCUUGUCCAUCCUCAGGGACACGGUCCUGACCCACUUGCGGUUCAUGUCACAUGUAUUGAUUGGCGUGCUCAUUGGCCUCCUCUACCUACACAUCGGUGACGACGCCAGCAAGGUCUUCAACAAUACCGGCUUCCUCUUCUUCUCCAUGCUGUUCAUCAUGUUUGCAGCCCUUAUGCCCACCGUGCUCACCUUUCCCUUGGAGAUGGCAGUCUUCAUGAGGGAACACCUGAACUACUGGUACAGUCUCAAAGCAUAUUACCUGGCCAAGACUACGGCCGACGUGCCGUUUCAGGUGGUAUGCCCAGUAGUGUACUGCAGCAUCGUGUACUGGAUGACAGGCCAGCCAGCUGAGACCAGCCGCUUCCUGCUCUUCUCGGCCUUGGCCACGGCCACCGCCUUAGUUGCCCAGUCUUUGGGACUUUUGAUUGGCGCUGCCUCCAACUCCCUGCAGGUGGCCACCUUUGUGGGCCCGGUUACUGCCAUCCCUGUCCUCUUAUUCUCCGGCUUCUUUGUCAGUUUCAAGACCAUCCCCACUUACCUGCAGUGGAGCUCCUACCUCUCCUACGUCAGGUAUGGCUUUGAGGGUUUGAUCCUAACCAUCUACGGCAUGGAGCGAGGACACCUGACGUGCUUAGAUGAACAGUGCCCGUUCCGGGACCCACAGAUCAUCUUGCGAGAGCUGGAUGUUGAGGAAGCCAAACUCUACAUGGACUUUCUGGUCCUGGGCAUUUUCUUCCUUGCCCUGAGGCUGCUGGCAUAUCUUGUGCUCCGGUAUCGGGUCAAAUCCGAGAGAUAGAGCUUGGCUCACUUCUUCUGGGCAGGAGGCCUCCAGCGCCCGUCCUUUGGGACUGUUUUAAACUUGUCGACUUGGGCAUUUGGUUGCUGGUGCAGCUGCCCUCCUCUUCCUCAGUUGCUCCACAGGCUGGCUGUGGGCCUGGCCCCCCAGGGCUUCAGCCCUCUUCAAUGAAGACCAGGAGUCUUCCCAAGUGAUGCAGUUUGUAGCUUCACCCCUACUCUCUCCAACACCUGCAUGCAAAGACCGCUGGGAGACUGCUCUCCUCUGCGCAGAACACCUCCUCUGUUGUUUGCCUGAGAGCCCUGCUGUUCUCUAGGCCUUGACUUAGAAGCGAUCAAACUGAUGCCCCUCUGAGGUCCCCACCACACUAGUGUUUGUAAACUGCUAUCGGGUUGGAGUUCCAGGGCUGGGCCCUGGUGGGGUCCCCAGGGAGUCCCAUCAUGAACAUUGGAUAGAGCAAGGAGGGACUCUGGAAGUCACCUCCUCCUCCUCUUCCUCCUCCU